AUGUUUAGCCUGGUUAAGAAAAGUUCAUAUUUCUCACUUUGUUUGGAUGAAAGCACUGAUCAAACCGAUGUUAGUCAGCUGUUAAUAUUUAUGCGCACUACUUUUGAUGAUUUUACCAGUAAAGAGGAGUUAUUUGAUGUUUGUCCUCUUUAUGGAAUAACAAAAGGAAAAGACAUCUAUGAGGCUGUAAAGAAAACAAUUGACAGAAUUGGAGGCUUUGAUAAAUGUUUAGCCAUAGCAACAGAUGGGGCCCCAUCAAUGACAGGUAAAAAAAUUGGAUUAGUGGGUCUGCUUCGAGAGAAUGGUGUCAAUUGCCCAACAAUUUAUUGUAUUAUACGUCAGGGAGCUUUAUGUGGAAAAUCAGUCAAGGAAGAUCAAGUUUUUCAAACCGUGAUUAAAGGUGGAAAUCGAUCUCUUUUACACAGGCAACUUAAGCAGUUUUUAGUGGAAACAGAGACUGAAUAUGGAGACUUGCUAAUGUACAACCAUAUAAGGUUGUACCAUAAGCUGUAUAACAAAAACCAUAUGGUUUUUGCCAUAAGAAAGGAAAUCCCUGCAUUCCUCAACAAAUACGUUUCAUCUGACACAACUGAACUGGAAGAGAAUAUUUAUGCAAAAUUUCAAGAUGAUAUUCCAUUUGAAACGGAGUGCUCAAAGACAUUUUAUGUUGGGCAUAAUUUUAGAAAAUCGGAAUAUUUGAGGGAAAUAAAAAUCAAGAAAAAACAGCUCAAAGUAAGUAAACUAAAUGUAUUUUAUUUACAGUAUAAAGGUACAAUAAAACAAUGCAAUGAUAUUCAUGAAAAGAAUUUGCUGUGGGCGAUCAAUCCUUGA